ACCGAGAAUUAUUUUGACGUGUUGUCUACGAUUUUGUGACAUUUCAAGAUGGUUUGCGAAAAGUGCGAGAAGAAACUGGGGCGAGUCAUCACGCCUGAUACAUGGAAAGAUGGAGCUAGAAACACAACAGAGAGUGGUGGUCGCAAGCUGAAUGAAAACAAAAUGCUGACAUCUAAAAAAGCAAGGUUUGAUCCGUAUGGGAAAUCAGGAUUUGCCACUUGCAGAAUAUGCAAAAGCUCAGUCCAUCAGUCCGGUUCACACUACUGCCAGGGAUGUGCUUACAAAAAAGGAAUUUGUGCCAUGUGUGGGAAGAAGGUUAUUGACACCAAGAACUACAAACAGACCUCAGUUUGAAUGGUGAUACGUUGGAGAUGUUUGUGAAUGACUGCGUUGACUCUUCCUGUGUUGAGAAUGAUCAUUAAGUUCACAAGAGUUCAGUUUGCAGUAUUUUGUGGCAAACGGCUGCAGAAUGGUUGCACUAGCUUAUGACUGUAUUUAUAUGAAAAUAUGUCAGUGGUAUUUUUCUCCUUUUAGAGCAAUAUAUUGGCUUGUACUGUUUGGAUAAUGUAGAUGCCUUCUUAUUUUCAUUUUGUAAAUGCUCUCUUCUCUUUUAUUUUAUUUUAAUGACUGCAGUGGUUAGGCAAUUCUAAUAAACCAAUCCCUGACAAGUUAGAUUUUCUUUAUAAUGGUUUAUUGCAUUUCUUAUUAAUUUAUUGGGAUUAUUUAGCCAUCAUAGCAUACCAAAGUUUUUGACUUUUAAAUGUUACCAGUUCCCAUAAUUGGUCAAAAAUGUAUAUUUUUCUUGCUGUAAGGUGCAAAAUCCAGUUGCUGGAGGGUCGCAGCUCUGCACAGUUUAGCUUUAUCCCCAAUUAAACACAUCUGAUCAAACUAAUUGAGUCCUUCAGGCUUAUUUGAAACCUACAGGUAAGUGUGUUGAAGCAGGGUUGGAACUAAAAUGUGCAGAGCUGUGGCUUUUCAGGAACUGGAUUUGACGCCUCUGCUAUAAGUGUUUCUCAACCAUGUUCCUGGAGCACCACCAACACUACAUGUUUUGGAUAUCUCUUUUGUCUGUCACACCCAUUACAGGCCUUUCAGUCUCUGCUAAAGAGCCGAUGAUCAGAAUCAGGUGUGUUUGGUUAAGGAGACAUGGAAAAUGUGCUGAGCUUGUGGACCUUCAGGAACGUGGUUGAGAAACACUGCUAUAAGUGAUGUUUACUCUGUGUAAAUCUCAGACUCGAU